AUGGGAAGAGGGUCUUCGUUUGCAAUCGACGAAGAGAUGCUCGCUCUCGUCGUCCCUUGCUCGCCGCCUUCACUGUCGUCGGAAUCCGGCUCGCCGCCUUCACUGUCGUCGUCGGAAUCCGGAAUCCGAAUCGCUGCAAUCGACAAGCUUCUUCUACUCGUCGUCACCCACUGCUCGCCGUCUUCACUCGUCGUCACCCACUGCUCGCCGUCUUCACUGUCGCCGUCUUCACUGCUCGCUAGCUGCGUGGAGAGGAUCGAAUGA